GUAUAUAAGGCGCUCUAUUUGAAUUCAUUCCGUCGAAACAUGAAGGGACUUCCAUCAUUGAACAUCGGGAUUUAUACACACAUGUGCACGUACUGUGCAGGAUAUAACCACGUGAUAGAAUCGUUAAACCACCACCUUAGGCUUACUAUUGACAUUGUAGGCUCCAAUCAGAACUUCAAACCAUUCUUUAUCACCGCAGUAUUUCACUGCCGUCCAGUAGAUCACACGUUUUGACCCAUAAAUUAUGGACGGUAUGAACAGGUUAGAUUCAGAGAUAGAUCAUGCCAAGACUAGCGCUAUCGCUGCGAUCGGCCAUCUCCGAGGUACCUCCACCACCCCUCAUCCCCAAAGUCUUCUUCUCUUCACUGCUUUCGCUACUUUUACCAUGGCUUCCGAAGCGAUCAAAAUGUGGAUUGGAGGGCAAGAGAAGGCAGGGCAAGCGGAGCCAAUCCCAAUUGAAGACCCAGCGACUGGCGAGAUAUUUACUACAUGCCACUCAGCAUCCUCAGUCGAUGUAGAUGAGGCAGUCAGGCUUGCCCAUGAUGUUUUCAAAUCUGGCGUUUGGUCCAAGGCUCCUCGCCACGUGCGGGCCGAUACCUUGGAGAAGGCUGCGGACCUCCUGACGCGGAAUCUUCCUAGGUUGAUUGAGCUGGAGGUUCGACAGACGGGCCGUGCUAUUCGCGAAAUGAACGCACAGGUCCCGACGCUUGUGAAGUGGUUCAAGUACUAUGCGAGUUUGAUCCGGACUGAGGAGCGCAGUGUCCUCCCAACAACCGGAAAACUUCACAACUGGAUAGACCGUGUCCCGCUGGGUGUCGUCGCGCAAAUCACCCCCUUCAAUCACCCCAUGCUCAUCGCCGUCAAGAAAAUCGCUCCCGCUCUCGCAGUUGGAAACUCAAUUGUCCUCAAACCCAGCGAACUAACCCCACUAACCAGUAUCGAGCUUGGCAAGCUCCUCAAGGAGGCAGGCGUGCCGGAUGGAGUCUUCAACGUAGUCACCGGCAACGGCGUAGAAACAGGAAAAGCCCUCGUUUCGCACCCUCUCAUCCAGAAAGUCGAUGUUACUGGCGGGACAGCUGCAGGUCGUGCCAUCGGCGCGAUAGCAGGACACAACCUAUCCCACUACACUGCUGAACUAGGCGGCAAAGCGCCCUUGAUCGUCAUGGAGAAGGCGCACGUCGACGCAGCAGUCAACGGCAUCGCAUUCGGAAGCUUCAUCGCCAGUGGGCAGACCUGCGUGGCCGCUACACGCAUCAUCGUGCAAUCGAGCAUCUAUUCCACGGUCGUAGCCAAACUCACCGAAAAAGCCAAAAGCAUCGAGCGCCGCAUGGGAAGCCCAUCUAACCCAGACUCCAUGAUGGGCCCGCUCAUCUCCGCGAAGCAGCUCGCGAAUGUCGAAGCCCUCGUUGACGCUGCAGUCGCGGAGGGCGCUACGUGCGUCACAGGCGGCGCGAGAUUAACGUCUACAUCCACAAUCGACAAGACGGAUUUCUCAAAGGGAUACUUUUACCCGCCGACAAUCCUUACGUCCAGCGCAUCCAGAGACAUCACGGAGACGCGGAUCUGGCGCGAAGAAGCCUUCGGCCCCGUCAUCGUCGUGGUCCCUUUCACCUCCGAGGCAGAGGCUCUGCAGCUCGCGAAUGAUUCCGAGUUCGGGCUCGGCGCGGCCGUGUGGACGCAGGAUCUUGCGCAGGCGAUGCGUGUCUCCGAAGGUGUGGAGGCGGGCAUCUGUUGGGUGAAUACGCAUCAUCGGAAUGACCCGUCGAGCCCGUGGGGAGGCGUCAAGAGCGCGUCUGGGGUCGGAAGCGAGAAUGGGGUGGAUGCUUUGCGGGCGUACAUGAAGGUCAAAAGCACGGUUGUGAAUUUUGCGAGUGUGGAGGAGUGCUUGCAGGGGGAAGAUUGGUUUAGGGAUGGGGCGGGUGAGGUCAGGUAUGGAUGAGACGAUGAGCUGUAUAAAGGUGCAUAAAGAAGUUUGGCCAACGAAGAAAGAAAAUACGUGUGUGCAUACCGUUUAGUGGGAUACCUAC